AUGGCGACUUCUCUGAAGUUUGUUCGUUUUUACAAUUCGACCAGGCAAAAUUUGAAGAUCAAUAGGGAUACCAAGGUAUGUCAGAGUUAUUUUGUUCGACAGGUGGCAAAAACUAAAAUACAAGUUUAUUUUUUUUUGUUAGGUUUUGGUUCAAGGCUUUACUGGAAAGCAAGGAACUUUCCACGGCCAACAGAUGAUUGAUUAUGGAACCAAGGUGGUUGGAGGAAUAUCUCCAAAGAAGGCCGGCACUACCCAUCUGGGGAAACCUGUGUUUGCAAACGUCAGGGUACGUACUUGCCUCUUUUUAACGUUCCUUAUUGUCGUUUAGGAAGCCCGUGAGAAAACUGGAGCCGACGCGACUGUUAUCUAUGUUCCAGCACCUUUUGCUGCUGCUGCUAUUGAAGAAGCACUCGAUGCUGAGAUUCCUCUUGCUGUCUGCAUCACUGAAGGAAUUCCUCAACUCGUAAGUUGCUUAGAACACUGAUUUAUCUGUUUUUAGGACAUGUUGAAAGUGAAAAAGCGUCUUCUGGAACAAAACAAGACCCGUCUUCUUGGUCCCAACUGCCCUGGAAUUAUUAUGCCAGAGCAGUGUAAGAUUGGAAUUAUGCCUGGGCAUAUUCACAAAGCUGGCAUGAUCGGUAUUGUCUCUCGAUCUGGGACUUUGACCUAUGAAGUAAGUAUUGAAAUAUAGAUUUAGGUACUUGUUCCCGGCCAAGAUGUUUUUACGAUUUUAUUGUAGGCUGUCCAUCAGACCACCACUGUUGGCCUUGGACAGACCCUAUGUGUUGGAAUUGGUGGAGAUCCAUUCAACGGAACAAACUUUAUUGAUUGCCUUGAUGUAAGUGGCAUAAUUAGUUCCCUUUGUAGUUAAAAUUUCUGUCGUAAUUUUUUGUUUAUUUUCAUUAUUUUGUUUUGAAGGCCAUUUUUAUCUAAUCACCUUUUUUGCGACCGGAAAAUGCAUGUUUAGUCCGAAAGUUAAUCCAUUUAUCCUUAAUUUACGUGAACAUCAAAAUUUCAUUGAUGUAAUCAGUUAAUUAGAGUUAAUAACGACUCGUAAUUAGAAAUGUGUUUUGGACAACAAUUACGCGUUGAAACUCAUUUUUAGGGAAUGAACAACGACAAUUAUAUUGUUUUAGAUCUUCCUCCAAGACCCCGAAACCAGAGGAAUCAUCAUGAUCGGAGAGAUUGGAGGCCAAGCCGAGGAACAGGCCGCCGAAUUCUUGAAGCAGAACAACAAAGGCAGCAACUCAAAGCCAGUGGUGUCGUUUAUUGCUGGAAUCACCGCUCCACCUGGCCGUCGGAUGGGUCAUGCUGGAGCUAUUAUUGCCGGAGGAAAAGGUGGUGCUCGCGAAAAACAAGCCGCCUUAAAAGAAGCGGGAGUUCAUGUUGUCGACUCCCCCGCACAAAUGGGAUCACGGAUGGCAAACGCUCUUCUCGGUCUUCACCGUGGCGCUUCGGCCACAGCCUAA